UCGCUUUGGCUGCUGAAAUAAAGGAGAUAAAUGAGCUUGUUAAGUCGCUACAUGUAGGCCUAACAAGGGGCCUAUGGUGAACUUCUGCUGCUGCUCAAGCCAACUAUGUCGGGAGUGGUCCGCACCCUGAGCCGCUGCCUGCUGCCGGCCGAGGCCAGCCGGGAGCCGGGCGGCAGUAAGGAGAGGAGCCGGGGCAGGGACGCGGCGCAGGAGCGGGAGGCGCGUCGUCGGAGCCGGGAGAUCGACGCCAUGUUAGCCCGGGAAAGGAGAGCCGUGAGGCGGCUGGUGAAAAUCCUCUUGCUCGGGGCGGGAGAAAGCGGGAAGUCGACUUUUCUCAAGCAGAUGCGCAUCAUUAACGGACAGGAGUUUGACCAAAAAGCACUUCUGGACUUCCGGGACACUAUUUAUGAAAAUAUAUUGAAGGGCAUGCGCGUGCUGGUGGACGCCCGGGACAAGCUGGGCAUCAGCUGGCAGAGCUGCGAGAACGAGAAGCAAGGCAUGCUGGUGAUGUCGUGGGAGGGACGAGUGGGCGGCGCCGGGGUGGAGCCCGGCGAGUUCCAGCUGUACGUGAUGGCGCUGAGCGCACUGUGGGCCGACGCCAGCGUACAACAAGCCUACGCGCGGCGCUCCGAGUUCCAGCUGAGUGAGUCGGUCAAAUACUUCCUGGAUAACUUGGAGCGCAUUGGCCAACUGAGCUACACCCCCAGCAGGCAGGACAUCUUGUUCGCCAGGAAGGCCACCAAAGGCAUCGUGGAACACGACUUCAUCAUCAAGAAGAUCCCCUUCAAGAUGGUGGACGUGGGCGGGCAGAGGUCGCAGAGGCAGAAGUGGUUCCAGUGCUUCGACGGCAUCACGUCCAUCCUCUUCAUGGUGUCCUCGUCCGAGUACGACCAGGUCUUGAUGGAGGACCGGCGCACCAACCGCCUGGUGGAGAGCAUGAACAUCUUUGAGACCAUCGUCAACAACAAGCUCUUCCUCAACGUCUCCAUCAUCCUCUUCCUCAACAAAACGGACCUGCUGGUGGAAAAGAUUCGCAGCGCCGACAUCCGCAAGAACUUCCCAGAGUUCCGAGGGGACCCGCGGCGGCUGGAGGACGUGCAGGCGUUCCUGGUGCAGUCGUUCAGCCGUAAAAGAAGAAACCGAGGCAAGCCUCUCUUCCACCACUUCACCACGGCGGUGGACACAGAGAACAUCCGCUUCGUCUUCCACGCCGUCAAGGACACCAUCCUGCAGGAGAACCUCAAAGACAUCAUGCUGCAGUAGUCUAGUCACACAACUCACCUUCUUUAUCAAAGUGUCUUGUGGGACUCCACUGGCCAGGGGGAGGGAAGACACGCCUCCUUUUAACACACCUGACCUGAGACCGUGCCUCGGUCUGGUCUUGUCUCCUUUAAACACACCAGACCUGAGACCGUGCCUCGGUCUGGUCUUGUCUCCUUUAAACACACCUGACCUGAGACCGUGCCUCGGUCCGGUCUUGUCUCCUUUAAACACACCUGACCUGAGACCGUGCCUCGGUCUGGUCUUGUGUCCUUUAAACACACCUGACCUGAGACCGUGCCUCGGUCCGGUCUUGUCUCCUUUAAACACACCUGACCUGAGACCGUGCCUCGGUCUGGUCUUGUCUAGUCUUGUGUGACACAAAGUGGACUGUCACUGAACUAAUACACACACCUGACCUGAGACCAUGCCUCGGUCUUGUGUGCCACAAAGUGGACUGUCACUGAACUAAAGCCAGGAGAGGAAAUACAUUUUCAAUCAAUCAAUGAGUUUACUUAUAUAGCCCUAAAUCACGAGUGUCUCAAAGGGUUCACAUCCGAAACAUGACAUUCCCAUUCUAAAUCGAUUCAUCAUUUUUUCCAAAAUCGGUUAAAAAAUUGUUUAAAAAAAUUAUUUUGUUUCAAUUUUCAAAAGUCGAUUAAAAAAAUGUCCGUCUGUCCAUCUUCUUCUGCUUAUCCGAG